AUGGAGACUCUGAAAAAGCAAAGAAAAACUCAAAGAGCACUGUUCACUAGGACUUAUAAUGCAUUUAUGGCAGAAUUGGAUGGACAGGGUUCGAAGGAGAAUAAAAUAGUUGCUUUUCAGAUGUUAGAAAAUAAAAUGACGGAGUUGGACACAAUACAUCACAAAUAUAUGGAAGAACUCUUUGAAAUAGAGGAAGACGAACAGGAAAUAACGAAUGAAUUAGAAGGUAACGAUUUCUAUAAAAAGCAAUUUCUAUUGGGGAAGUUGAAGAUCUCGACAUUGAUAGCACCAGAAGUACAAUCACAGCAGCCUUCGUUUGCUCCAGCAGUAAUGACUGUCCAGAGAAAUUUGAAUUUACCCAAAAUUGAGUUGCCAAAGUUCAAUGGUCACAUAAAGGAAUGGCUGCCAUUUUGGACACAGUUCAGGAAAAUACAUAAUGACGACUCGAUUAGUGGAGAGGACAAGUUUCAGUAUCUUCUUCAAGCGUCGGUUUCCGGUUCCCGCGCAGGAGAUUUAGUGCGUAGUUUUCCUUCCACAGCCGAAAAUUAUGACAAGGCCAUAAAAAGUUUGAAAAAUAGAUUUGGCCGUGACGAAGUUGUGGUAGAAUUUUAUGUGCUGGAAUUGCUUGGACUAGUGUUGCAGAAUGCUGCUAAACAUGAUAAAAAAUUGUUGUUGUCAACGAUUUAUGAUAAGUUGGAAUCGUAUAUUCGUGCUUUAGAAACGCUUGGUGUGACAACGGACAAGUGUGCAGCGAUGUUGUAUCCUCUUGUGGAAUCAUCACUGCCUGAGGAAGUGCUUCGUGCAUGGCAACGUAACGGAGUACGGGAAGGUGAUGCUACAGAUGGCCCUGAGGAACAAAAUAAUAGGCUACAACGACUUUUAAAAUUUCUACAGCGAGAAGUGGAGGACGAGGAACGAAUUGAGAUGGUGUUGGCAGGAUUUGGUGCUUCGAUGGACCAGGUAACAACAAAAAAAUGCAAAGGUAAAGUAGAAUCUAAAUGUGAUAUUCCGACUGCAAAUGCUCUUUUGGUUUCGAAAAAUGUAGAGAAAUCGGUAUAUUGUAUUUUUUGUACGCAAUCGCAUGAUAGUAGAGAGUGUGAAAUGGCGCGUAAAUUAGAUUUGAGUCAAAGGCGGGAAAUAGUUAAGAAGGAGAACGCAUGUUUCUAUUGUUUGAAAAAGGGUCAUAUAUCAAGGACAUGUAAAGUUAGAAUUAAAUGCGAAUGGUGUUCUCGCAGACACGUUCUUUUAAUGUGUUCAAGUUUUAAUUCAAAAGAUUCUUCGGAUUGCAAAACAAACGAUAAAGAGAAAACUAUACACGAAAAUAAUUUAACUAAUUUUAGUGAUUCACCAGAAGUAUAUUUACAAACAUUGAAAGUUAAAUUAUAUUCUCAGUCUAAAGAAAAAAUUAUUAGAGUUUUGAUAGAUUCGGCAUCACAACGAUCGUAUAUUCGAACAAGUGUUGCGAAAGAGAUAGGCUAUAUAAAAAAGGGUAAACAAGAAGUAAUUCAUUCACUUUUCGGUGGGGUAAAAUCACAAUGUGAAACUCAUGACGUGUAUUUGAUUCAUAUGAAAAGUAUCGACAACUCGUAUGCAUGUAAUUUUACAGUAAUGGAUCAAGAUACGAUUUGCGACUCCAUACCGGGAGUUAGAAGUGAUGAUUGGGUAAAAAAUUUGUAUGAUAAUAAAAUUUGUUUAUCCGAUAUUGGAACUGAUAAUAACCCUAUAGAUGUACUUAUCGGUGCAGAUGUGGCCGGGAAACUUUUGACUGGAAAUAAGUUUGAUCUGAAAAAUGGUUUAACCGCGUUUGAAACUUGUUUGGGAUGGACGAUAAUGGGGAAAUUACCUAAUAAUUCGAGACGAAAAGAUGCGACAAUGUUGGUAAAUACGAUUUUCGUGAAAGAGGCUAGUCUGACCGAUUUAUGGGAAUUAGAUAUAAUCGGUAUAACGGAUCCUAUUGAAAAAAUUGAUAAAGCAAUUUGCGACAAAAGAACUCAAGAAUUAAUAAUGGGCACAGCACAGUUGACAGUAGAUGAUCGAUACGAGGUCUGUUUACCUUUUAAAGAGAAUCAUGCAAUUGUUUCUAGCAAUUAUGAGAUUUCGCGUAUUCGAUUAAUGAAAACAAUAGAAAAACUUAAAUGUCAAAAUCUGUUACAUGAUUAUGAUAAAGUAAUUCAGGAAUGGUUGUCAGAGGGAAUUAUUGAGAUCGUCUCGAAAACUGAAAAUAAAAAUCCAAAUAAUCAUUAUUUACCUCAUCGACCGGUGAUUAAAGAACAUAGUACAACAAAGAUAAGACCAGUUUUUGACGCAUCUUCACAUGAAAAGGAUAGUCCUUCUUUGAACCAAUGUCUCGAAAAAGGACCCAAUCUGAUUGAAUUGGUUCCUUCCGCUUUGAAUCGGUUUCGCGAAUUUGAGAUUGGUGUUGUGUCGGAUAUUAAAAAGGCCUUUUUACAAAUAGGGAUCAAUCAGUCUGAUCGAGAUUACUUGAGGUUUUUAUGGGUCAAGGACGGACAGCUGAUUACGUUUCGUCAUUGUAGAGUGGUAUUUGGCUUGAUAUGUAGUCCCUUUUUACUAGCAGCUGUUAUCAAUUUAGUUUUGAUAAGGGCAUUAGAAAGGGCGAAAGCAGAUAAUGAAGCCUGUUGGUCGAUUAAAACUGUAGAAAAAUUACAAAGUUCCUUUUAUGUUGACAAUUGCGUUACAAGCGUUGAGUCAGAACUAGAGAGAGAAAAAUUCGAAAGAGAAGCAAGGUCGAUUAUGACAAGCGGAAAAUUUGAUUUGCGUGGUUGGGAAAGUACGGGUGAUUCUUCCGCGAAUGAAACAUCCUUAGUAUUAGGUCUCUUGUGGAAUAAAAGAAGAGAUGUUAUCUCAAUUAAUCCUGCACUUGUACCUGUGGAAAGUUCAGAAAAUGUCACGAAGAGAGAGAUGUUGUCGGCGUCGCAUAGGAUUUUUGACCCUAUUGGUUUCUCCUCCCCAGUGACUUUGCUACCUAAAUUAUUAUUACAGGAAUUAUGGUCAGAAAAAAUUGAUUGGGACACAGUGAUAAAAGAUAAACGCAGGGAUGUUUUUAUUUCGUGGUUAAAAGAUCUUCCAUUAAUAAAAAAUAUAGAAAUACCACGUAAAAUCGGCAAGGGAAUUUUGACUAUUCACAUGUUUUGUGACGCUAGCGGUUCGGCGUAUGCUGCGACGGUUUUCGCGAGGGUGGAGUAUAUAGGUACAGUACAUGUGCAAUUGUUAAACGCUAGGUCUCGCAUAGCGCCAAGGGGUGCUACUAUUCCACGAUUGGAACUGAUGGCAGCCACGAUUGGCGCUAGAUUGACGGAUGCGACUAAGAAAUCCUUGACUCGUGAAAUUGAUCAGAUUGUUUAUUGGACUGAUUCUUCUACAGUUUUAGCUUGGAUAGAGCGGGAUAUGCAAUGGGGUAUAUUUGUUCAUAAUAGAGUAAAAGAAAUUAGAACCCUUUCGAGAAUAGAUGAUUGGAAACAUGUGCCUGGGAAUUUAAAUCCCGCAGAUCUUCCAUCACGUGGUUGCUCUCCCGAGCAAUUAUUAGAAUCUAAGUGGUGGCUUGGUCCGAGAUGGUUAUAUAAACAAAGCUCUGAGUGGCCGGCAUUUCAGGAAAAAAUUGACGAAGAAGAGAUACGAAGAGAAGUGAAAAAAUCUGCCACAAUACACAUGGUAAAUAUAGAUCAGCAAUUAUUCGAUUUUAGUACUCGUUUUGAAUCUUAUACGAAACUCGUGCGUUUUAUCGCGUGGAGUUUAAGAUUUUUAGAGAAUUGUAGAGCGCAAGUUCAGGACAAAAAACAAUCUCACAAUAGUCAGGGAACGAGUAUUCAACGAUUAGAUAGACGAUUAUCAGAAAAUGAAAUAGAAAGAGCAGAAAUACGAUUAUUACAGGGUUUACAGAACUCUAUGUUUAAUUCUAAACAAGCCAAAAAUAAAUUAACAUCAUUUAGAACACAUUUGAACGAAAACGAUAAUAAGCAUGAAGUUGUACGAAUGCUUAUACGAGAAAUACACAAAAGGUUGGGUCAUGCGGGAAGUUUGAUUGUUAUAAGUUCGCUACGCGAAAAAUUUUGGAUAAUAUCGUCUCGAAGGUUAGUAAAAUCAAUUAUUGCCAAAUGUGUUGUCUGUCAGAGACAGAAAGCAAAGCACAUGGAAUGUAAAGCCCCCCCUCUACCUUUGAACAGAGUACGUGACGCGGCUAUCUUUGAGAUAACAGGUGUCGAUUUUGCUGGCCCGCUUUUCUUACGUGGUGGGGAAAAGGCGUGGAUUGUCAUUUUCACGUGCGCGGUAUACAGGGCGGUACACUUCGAGCUGUCAUCCUCGUUGUCAACGGACGAAUUUGUAGAGUGUUUUCGUAGAUUCAUUGCUAGACGUGGACGACCUAGAUGUAUGUAUAGCGACAACGGUACAAAUUUCAAAGGCACAGCCAAUGCAUUGAGGGAAUUAAACUGGGAAAAAAAUAGCCAAUCAUAG